UCAAUUGAGUUAUAAUUUUUGAUAAAAUAUAUAAACUAUUGAAAUUGGUGUAUUUAAAAGAAUGGACGCAGCGGCAUUAUUUGUGCAGUCACAAACGGUAAAAAAUUUACCAAACAAAUGUUGCAAAGACCAAAAGCAAAGUCGUUCUUGUGAUUAUACAAAAAUAUCAGGAAUUUUAAUAUUUGUACGGGAGGAACAUGCCGCUUACAAAUACACCGUUUAUCGAUGCGCCUCUAAAAUUAUAAGCCUUCAAAAACUUUUGUUUACUUCAAAUAUACCCUACAAAAUUGUGCAAGCGUUAUUGGGGCGAUAUAACAUACUGGACGUAGAUGCUAAUUUUAUGGUACCUCCGUUCCAGCUGACAACGUUUAUUCAUGAUCUCUACUAUGCUUGUGAAACAUUAGGACAUUUCAAUAAAUCCACAACAUAUCGUAUUGAAAAGGCAACAAGUGUGUUAGCGACUUUCUUUUGGAAUUUAUUUGAUCCGAAUCGACGUCAUUCCAUUUCUGUUUUAGAAAUAAAAGUUAUGUUUUUGUUACUUUCAAAACAUAUUGGAUUACUUGAUUGGAGUGAAGAAUUUUAUAAUUUGCUGCAUGAUCCUAAGACUAAGUGUGUUUCAAAGAAAAACUUCGAGUAUUUGCUGAAUAUUUUGACGAAAAUGUUCAGCUACAUCGGUGAGGAGCUUGCUUAUGGUUCUCAAAAUAAAACCAUAAUAAUGGAACAGUGCUUUGAGAAGUUACAGAAUUCGUAUGGCUUAACUGAGGUACAAUUCAAAAACUUAUGGCAUGAUAAUCGCACAAAGUUUAGCAUUUUUGCAAAUCUGAUAAGUUUAAUUAAACGCAUGCAAGACACCGAAAAAAUUACACAUAACAAAAACUGUGCUGCUUGCAAUAUUCAAAUAAUCGGUAUACGCUUCAAAUGUAGAUCGUGCCACGAUUUGUCCCUUUGUUUAUCCUGUUUCGCAAAGGGUUACGUAAAAGGAAAACAUAACGUAGGACAUCGUCUGACCGAAGUAUUCAAAGAGGAUGAAUCGCCCAAGCGUAUCUCUUCUUUCUUUGCUUCAAUUUGCAAUUUUUUUAAAAUGAAGAAACAAAGCAAUGAAGAAUCUAAAGGCUUUUGUAAUACAGACGAAUCUACCAGUGUUGAUGAAACGGAACUGGAAAUAAUAGCAUCUGAUCACACAGUAAAAAGUGAAACAAUGACCACAGUUGUUGAAGUCAAAACGGAUGCAAUUGAAACUUCGAUUGCUGGACUUUCAACUAGCGCUUCAACUGCAUCAAAUGUUUCGGAACAUCUGCAGUCUAUCAUCGAUAGGCUAUUGCAGCAGAACUCCAAAUUGGAAAAACAAAUUAAAAUUGUGAAAACUGCGACGAAUGAGGAAAUUUCCGAUUUUCUGCAAUCGCAUCAAAAUUUUCUGAUUGGAAUCAUAAAUGAAAUGCGUAGGUUUUCGGUAGGAAAAGAACUUAAUUUAAUUGUUUUUAUUAAUAUAUAUACUAAAAUGUAUAUAAUCUGCUUUCAGCAAAUAUCGAAGUCAUUGAGUUCAUAUCCCACGUCGAGCACGCCGAAUCGAUCCCAUUCUGACAAAGCUCAUAUGCAAAACGUAGCAGCCGCAGUGGACAACUUUAGUGUUAUGGGAAGCAAUCUAACACAUUCGAUUAAUGGCGCCGACUUGAAUCGAAGUUAUUUGGAAGCGAACAAAUCGGAUGCUUCAGUUAACGAUGUGAGUACGUGGUUUAAUCAGCGUAGAUCUUCGGUUUUAAUACCGAACACUACCAUCACAGAUUGUUGUGUGGAAACUGUUCCAGAAAUUAGUUCAAAACCUAAGGGAAAUGGAACGGAAACAGAUGAUGAAUUCGAAAUUGUUGACUUGCGUGACACCGAUAUGAUUAAUUUCAAGCUGUUAUUGAAUAAAGUUAAAGAGAUUGUCGAGGACUCUUUUAGUGAUAAUACUGAACUAGCAGCAGCAACACAAAAUUUGGAGAAUGUGCUGGAUAAUAUCGUAAAGAAUGAGGAGAAGCGUAGAAGCAGCACUUAAUGUAGCAAGUCGAUUUAUAUAUGACUAUUACAGCUUUAUAUGCAAUGUUUAUGUGUACUGUACAAUAAGUGUGUAAGUUAACAGUAAAUUACUACAAAUUUUAUUUAAAUUUAAUAAGUAUUUAGUGUAGUUUGUACAUACAUUUAAGCCAGUUUACAUAUAUACUGAACCUAACCUGAUAUUCGCCAAAACCAAAACUAAAUUUAUUAUAUAUAGACGCUAACUCAAAUUUAUAUUAAUAAUGGUAGUAACUGCAAAAAAAUUAUUGGGGUGUGUGAAAACAUAAAAUAUUGGCAUUUGCUUUAUAUCAGUAUAUUAUUAAUAAUCUAUCAAGUACAUGUUAUACAUACUUAUAGCAGUCCAAUUAAUGAUGAAACUUGACAAAACCCAUGUGUAUGUUAUGGCAAUUACAAUUUACUAACAGUAGAAGACAAUAUUUACUUAUGUAUACUCUAAAAAUAAAAAAUGUGUGCUUUAUGCAAAUCAAAAUACGUUAACGUAA